AUGUACGCGCCUUCAAAAACGGGUCAAACCCGCGGACGGGACCACACAAAAGAGGUCAUUGCCAAGGAUUGUCUGGACGCUCGCUUUAUUUGGGUUGAUCCUGUCCCUCCUAACCUGAUUGUGGGGGAGGUCGAACGACUCGCACGAGCGUGCGGGGCCCGGUCCGUGCGUAUUCCUGCCUAUGGAUUCGGAAAAUGGGAGUCUGAACGAGAUCUCGCACGAGAUGGUGAAAAGGUUAUUCUCAAUCUUCAUGGUGGGGCAUACAUAGCAGGAACCGCCCACCCAGAGGAUCCGACGGCUAACAUCCCGCGUGGAUAUCUCACUUAUGGCAUUUCGCGUGUGCUCUCAGUCGAUUAUCGUCUCUCUGCUACAAAUCCAUACCCAGUUGUUGCUCCUUUCCCGACAGCUCUUCUGGAUGCACUGGCAGGGUACAUCUACCUCACACGUACGCUCGGAUUCAAGCCCCAGAAUGUCAUCGUCAGUGGAGAUAGUGCUGGUGGAAAUUUAGCCCUUGCGUUGGCAAGGUACUUACGGGACUCGGCUGAACUGGGACUUGGAAUUCCCGGAGGAUUGAUAUUGAUAUCUCCAUGGGUCGAUCCUACAGGAACGUACACCGGUACACUUACAGACAAUUCUCCUGCCGUACUGAACGCCAAGUCCGAUUAUAUCAAGCUCCCAGAUGCGAAAACCGAUCCCAAUGCUCGGUAUUUUUAUUCCCUCCGCGCGCUUAUCGGGCCUAUGUCCGUGAAGGAUGCAGGGCACAGCCCAUACAUUUCUCCAGCGUCAUUACGUUUAGCAGAAAAUGGGUUGUUCAGUGAUUUCCCACCAAGCUAUAUAAUCAGUGGAGACGCAGAAGUACUUGUGGAACAAAUCCGGUUGCUCCACUCGCGGAUGAAAGGGGAUAUGCCCACGGGCGCUGUGGUUUAUCGUGAAGUUCCCGAUGCGGUGCACGAUUUCGUUGCUUUUACGGUUUGGGAGCCUGAGAGAAGUGAGGUGCUAAGAGAAACCAUGAAUUGGGUCAAAGCAUUGUAG